AUGCCUCCCGUUUCCGCUCAGCGAAGAGCUCUAUCCCACGAAGAUCCGGCCCUUUCAGACGAAGAUGUCGGCUUCCUCUUCCAGAUUAUCAGCCACGCGGAGCGCCAUCCGGACGCAGAUCGCCUUCCCUACAGAGUAUUGUUCAAAGAGUACGAUGCGGCGAUUGGAGAACAUGGGACGGAAGCGGAUCCAGGCUAUGCCUGUAUGCGCUUCCUGUUCAAGAUGGGAAGCAAAGAUGUCAUAGGAGAUACUCUGUUCGAGAAGUUUGAGAAUCUGCUUCAGCAAAUGGGCAUUGUGAUUGAAUUUGGGAAUGAUGAUAAUGACACCGAUGGUUAUACGGACAAUCUUUCCGUUGUCGAUGUCCAGCCACGGACGAGGGCGGAACCGGCUUCCCAAGAGAUCCAGACACCCCGGCCGCGGCGAGCUUCAUUCAAUUCGAUGUACGAUGUUGGAGAUGACCCUACUACUCGGAGCUUUAUCAACCGCCCAAGCUCGCGAUCCUCGUUGUCGCGAUUACAAACCGGCAAGCCUGAGUUUCAGGCCUCAUCCCAGCCGAACCACACACCGAGGAGAGCCGAAUCACCAGACAGGACGCAACUGAUUGCGCAAUUCAUGGACGUCGGCCGACGACUUAUUAGUAAAAUGGAUUCUCUACAAUCCGCGAAAGAAAGAACGAGGGAAUUCUCGGAUGCCGUUAACGAAGACCGUUCAAGAAGAAUGGCAGAAGCUUCCCAAACCAAAAGAUCCAAAUCCCGAAGCGUACGAUCUGCCGGUUCAAGCUCAGGCGAGGAAGAUGAGCAUGAGGAUGGGUCUUUAGUCUCCGAAGACGUUGAUGGAGUCUUUGGGAAACCCGAUCUACCACCCGAGUUGCUCUACCGGCCUUCACUUUCGGAUCUGUUGAGGGAUGCUUCAACGUUCAAUAUGUAUCGCCAACGGUCUCUAAACAGACGUAUCUUGACCCAGUGGAUGAAAAAAGCUGUGCAGGCACGGCAGGCUCACCAAAAUAUGGAAAUGUCUGCCCUAAAUCGGGAUAGAGUUACCCUAAUUCGGCAGGCUUUCGGAACAUGGAACUCCAUCAUUCGAGAAAAAAGGCAAACAGCUCGUACAGAAAGGUUCUUCAACCACCUGGAAGAGCGCGCCGCCCGGGCUCGAGACGUGUAUUUGAUGACGAAAGCCUUCACCCACUGGGCAGCAGUUGCCUCUGAUGAGCUAGAAAAGACCACUAAAGCUCGACGACAUAUCCUCGGUGUCAAGUAUUUCAAUGCAUGGCGUGAAAUAACCGCCGUCAACGUUCUCAAGGCUCAGCGAUUUGCAUUACAACGGCCCAUGCAGGUUUGGAAGAUAAAGACCGAUCAUAUCAAGGAGCUAGAGACGCAGGCUGUUAUACAUCAUGAUGCGAAACUAAAACAUGGCUUCUACUGGCAGUGGUUCUGGGGUCUCUGCGAGAGACGCGCUCCCAGGUGGCACGAAUUCUGCAUCAAGAGACGCUCUUUGCUUUACUGGCUGCGGACUUUCCGAACAAACAGAGAACGCAUACAUGAGAUCGAUACGACAAAUAAACGAGUAUCCCUAAGAUCUAUGCUCCAAGCGUUGCGGGACAGGUCAAAAGCAAUUGUUGGUGCUGAGCAGCAGGCCGUAAUCAUACAACGGCAACAGCUCCUGCGGGGGUCUUUCGACGAAUGGAAGCUCCAGGCUCGUCUGGCACCAGCCGCUACCCAUGUCGCAGAGAUGGUUGACACUAACAUCAUGCGGACAGCGUUUGAUCAAUGGACAAAUCGAGUUGACAUGCUAAAUCAAGCAAAGGAGAUGGAUCGACAAAGAAUUAUACGAAACGCAUGGGUCUCGUGGAAUGACAAUCUCCGUUGCCAGGCAUUAAGUGCGCGCAUCGAGGAGCGCCUAAAGAUUGAGACGAUGUACAAAUGGAUUCUAGCGGAGCGAUAUCGACUUAUGCAGCGAAUUCGCGAGCGACGGAUCAAACGAGAUGUCUUCUCAACGUUUGUGACAAAUGUCCGUACAACAUAUACACAACUGCUCCACAACGCCGAUAUUUACGAGGACCGACGAAAUGACGACCUACUCCGGUCGAAGUUUGAUUCCUGGCGGAACCGACUGGCGCUUCAACACCAACGCGAAAAUAUGGCCUUUGAUUUUUAUGCCCCGCGCCUUGUCCAAGAAUCGCUUGUGGCCUGGCGCUCGAAACAAGAGCAUGUCACAAAAUUGGAAGAGUGGUCUCGAGAUGCCAGAUUCUAUUUUGUAUCGACUCGGACUCUGAAGUGUUGGCGUUCCGCAACGUUGGACUCUGCCAAACGUCGUCGCCAGGAAGCUUACGCGGCGGUGCGGCGAAAGACCAAGGUCAAUCUUGCAUCAAAGGCCUUGUCAACUUGGCAAUCCAAGACGCGUGAGAUUCUUGAUAUUGAGCAGCAAGCUUUACAACUUGAUAGGGCCAAGAAUCUGGAUAUUGUAUCGGAGUUACUGUCGCGGUGGCAUGAAAAGUCUGCACAACGAGUUCAAGAGUGUGAAGACGCGGAUGCCUUCUACGCCAAACAGAUUGUCUAUGACAAGCUGAUACGAUGGGCGGAAGGUGUGGUUGCUUCUCGCCAGCUGGAGGAACAAGCUGUUAAUGUCCAUCGACUACAUGUACUUGGCCAAGCCAACACCCAGCUUCGCAAACUCAGUCUCCGGGUUUUCCAAAUACACAACAGCUCUGAAACGGCGGAGGCCUUCGGGGAACGCAAUCUCAGAAAACACGCAAGAGGCUUCUUUCGCCGUUGGCUCGACCAGGCGAGAUUCCAUUUUGAGGCUCGAGAUUCUCCAGGGCCACUAGUGAGCCCCACGAGAAACCCCAGUCGUGCUAGUGCUAGCGGUGCAGAACGGUCGAUAUUUGACCCUUGGCAAGUCGAGACGCCUUUUAAACUUAACGACUUUGUCCCUGAACUCGAGCGCCCAUCGGCAACUCCAUUAGCCACGCCGAACAACAUGACCUCACCCUCAAAGCGGGCAGCGAGAGCUCGCGUACUAGCGCGCGCUUCAACCACCCCAGCAACACCCCUCCAUACGCCCUUCGCUAGUAGACUUCUACGCGAGGGCGUUACUGUUCCAACUACGUCCAGUCGACGGGAUCGCACAGGACGCAGCAGCGCUUUGGGGACUGUUCGGUUCGCUGAUCAGGAACCGGAGUCGCCCACGAGCGGGAAAGGGUCGGCGAAUCGACGACCCUAA